UUAAGAGAACUUUCAACCAACCGGUGGCGGUGGACAAAUUGCACAGUCGUAACGACCGAUUUUCUCCAAAAUCCAGUUUUCAUUUCUCGUGGAGACGAACUUUGUUACUCUCCUCUUGCUCUCAACAAGUGGUAUCUGGGUCUUCUCCUGAAAAUGACAUGCGCUGGAUCCAUUAAAUUUUCUCGCGAAUUGAGGAUCUGUGGCUAUCAUGGAUGCAGUUAUCAGCAUACUAGCUUGUCAGAGAAAGAACGAAGGCAUUCAGUUAGUAUCAAUCUUUCAUCAUACGCUGUGCGACAGGAUGCUUGGAGUCUCAACCUUUUAAAUAGCGUACAUGGGCCAAUAAAUCCUGUUUAUUCCAGAUGUAAAGUUUUUCUAUGCCGAUCUGUUCUAUUACCUGGAGGAGGAAAUGAGAUCCCUUUUUUGAAAUCUGCUGCUGUUGUUUUGUCAAGGUCAUAUGGUUAUCUAUGUAAAAGACCGCUUGUACUCAGACUAAUUCCAGCUGUUGGUAUCAUUGCUUUUGCUGCUUGGGGACUAGGACCACUCAUGCGUUUUGGCAGGAUAGUUUUUCUCCGUAAAACUGAUAAUAGUUGGAAGAAAAGUAGUACUCAUUAUGUUUUGACGUCUUAUCUUCAACCUUUGCUGCUAUGGAGUGGAGCAAUACUCAUCUGCAGGGCAUUAGAUCCAAUAAUGCUGCCGACAGAAGCGAGUCAUGCUGUCAAGCAGAGACUUCUGAAUUUUGUUAGAUCAUUAUCAAGUGUGAUGGCAUUUGCAUAUUGUUUAUCAAGCUUGAUUCAGCAGGUGCAAAAAUUCCUUGCCGAAACAAAUGACUCAAGUGAUACAAGAAAUGUGGGCUUUGAUUUUGCUGGGAAAUCUAUUUAUACUGCAGUAUGGGUCGCUGCUGUAUCACUUUUUAUGGAACUUCUAGGUUUCUCGACCCAGAAGUGGCUCACUGCUGGGGGCCUUGGUACUGUAUUGCUCACACUUGCUGGUCGCGAGAUAUUUACAAAUUUUCUUUCGAGUGUCAUGAUACAUGCAACAAGGCCGUUUGUUGUCAAUGAAUGGAUUCAAACAAAGAUUGAAGGCUAUGAAGUCUCUGGUACAGUUGAGCAUGUGGGUUGGUGGUCACCAACAAUUAUAAGAGGCGAUGAUCGUGAAGCGGUUCACAUUCCAAACCAUAAGUUCACGGUGAAUGUUGUGAGAAAUCUUAGCCAGAAAACUCAUUGGCGCAUCAAGACCUAUUUUGCUAUCAGUCACUUGGAUGUCAAUAAAAUCAAUAAUAUUGUAGCUGACAUGCGCAAGGUCUUAGCUAAAAAUCAUCAAGUGGAGCAGCAAAGGCUGCACAGAAGGGUUUUUCUGGAAAAUAUCAAUCCAGAAAGUCAGGCUCUUAUGGUUUUGGUAUCUUGCUUUGUGAAAACCUCGCAUUUUGAAGAGUAUCUUUGUGUGAAGGAAGCCAUAAUCUUGGAUCUUCUCAGAGUUAUCAGCCAUCAUCGGGCCAGACUUGCGACUCCUAUCCGUACAAUUCAGAAAGUAUACAGUGAGGCUGACUUGGAGAAUGUGCCAUUUUCUGAAAUGGACUUUACUCGUUCUAGAGCAGCUGCUCACCGUCCUUUUUUGCUGAUUGAACCAUCUUAUAAAAUUAAUGGCGAUGAUAAAGCCAAAAACGUGACGCGUUCAGUUCUGACAAAUGAGGAAAAUGCCAAGGUCAAGGCUACAUCUACAUCUGAAUCCAAAGAAGAUGCCAAGUCUUCGCCAGUGUUAAAUCCCGACUCCAAAGAUGAUAAGGUCCUGGCAACUUCAACCUCAAAAUCAGGUGUAGACUCUCAUGUUUCACCAACACAAGCAUCUAACUCCCAAGCUUGGAAUUCGAUGGCUGAUGGUUCAGCUGAAAUGCAGGACCCGGUUGAAAAUGGAGAUGUAUUGAAGGAUAAUGUUCAAAUCAUCUCUGAAGGCACAACCAUAGAAGAGGGAACGUCCCAGAAAACUUCAGCUACUAACCAAGAAUCUGGUGGUGGACGAACUGAUGGUUCUUCUGCCAUGUCUCAUUCGAAACAAAUUAUUGAGAAGUCUACUGCAUCAUCAGCAUCAAUGGCGCGGCCUCCAUUGGAAGAUAACAUUGUUCUUGGUGUUGCUUUGGAGGGCUCAAAACGAGUACUUCCUAUCGAGGAAGAAAUGGUUCCUUCUAUCUUCGCUCAACCAAAGGAAUUGGCUGCCCACAGGAAUGGGAAUGGAUCUCCUCCUGCGGUCAAGGAUACAAAAGAUGGUCAGAUGCCUGCAGAUCAGCAGGAUUAAGAAAGGUCACCAAUAUGGCCAUUUACAAGGCCUUUUCUUAAAACUCGUGCAUAAGAGCUGUGCUGCUUUUUUAAAGGCUGGCAUUAUGCAAUUUUUCAUGAGCACCCGCGUCUGUAAAUAGUUGAAUCUAAUAUUGUUGGCUCAUGUAAUUGGAGAGAGAUGAGGGAAUUAUGUGCUUGAUGUCCGACUGAUGACUCUCAACUACUAUGAAAAUACAAAUUAUUGAUUGGCUAAUGAACAAAUGUAACGAGUUGUGUUGAGACUAUAAUUGAUGUGGAAUUUGAAGUUCUA